CAUUCUAUUGGACGCUUUUGUUGUCAAUCUCAUGAGAAAUAUUUUCAGGAAUGGUGGUUUCCUACAUAACAACCUCUAGUUAUAGCAAUAACAGUAUUUAGGGCUGAGAAAUAAUACCGGAGAGUUUCACGGAAAAGAGCAAUUUGUCGUUUCUAAAUCAUGUACGGUUUUGUAAACCAUGCCUUGGAACUUCUGGUCCUGAGAAAUUAUGGACCAGACGUGUGGGAAGACAUCAAGAGAGAAGCUCAGCUUGACGUUGAAGGCCAGUUCCUGGUCAGAAUAAUUUAUGAAGAUUCCAAGACCUAUGAUCUGGUUGCUGCUGCAAGCAAGGUUCUCAAGGUAGAGGCAGGUCAAAUUCUGCAAAUGUUUGGAAAAAUGUUUUUUGAGUUCUGCCAAGAAUCCGGAUAUGACACCAUCCUACGUGUGUUAGGGUCCAAUGUUCGAGAAUUCUUGCAGAAUCUAGAUGCUCUGCACGACCACCUGGGCACCAUUUAUCCGGGCAUGCGGGCGCCAUCUUUCCGAUGCACUGAUGGCGAGAAAGGGAACAACCUCGUCCUGCACUACUACUCGGAGAGAGAGGGCCUGCAGGACAUCGUCAUCGGCAUCAUCAAGACGGUCGCUCAGCAGAUCCAUGGCACAGAAAUCGAGAUGAAGGUCAUUCAGCACAAGGGGGAGGAGUGUGACCACGUCAAGUUCCUGAUCGAGGAGAAGGAGUCGGAGGAAGAGGCCUUCUACGAAGACCUCGAUGGCUUUGAGGAGAACGGCACGCAGGAGACACGGAUCAGUCCCUACACCUUCUGCAAAGCGUUUCCCUUUCACCUGAUGUUUGACAGGGACCUCACGCUCACACAGUGUGGCAACGCUAUCUUUAGAGUCCUGCCACAGCUCCAGCCCGGUGUGUGUAACCUGUCUUCAGUUUUCUCCUUGGUGCGUCCCCACAUUGACUUCGGCUUCCAUGGAAUCCUUUCCCACAUUAAUACUGUGUUCGUGCUUCGCAGCAAGGAAGGGCUGCUAAACAUGGAGACGGUAGAGAGUGACGAGCUGACGGACAUCGAGAGCAGCUGCCUCCGGCUGAAGGGCCAGAUGAUCUCCCUCCCCGAGACCGAGAACAUCCUCUUCCUCUGCUCCCCAAGUGUCAUGAACCUGGAUGACCUGACGAGGCGGGGCCUGUACCUGAGUGACAUCCCGCUGCAUGACGCCACACGGGACCUGGUGCUGCUGGGGGAGCAGUUCCGAGAGGAGUACAAGCUAACGCAGGAGCUGGAGAUCCUCACCGACCGCCUACAGCACACGCUCCGUGCCCUGGAGGAUGAGAAGAAGAAGACAGACAGACUGUUAUAUUCUGUGUUGCCACCAUCAGUGGCAAAUGAGCUGCGUCACAAGAGACCUGUGCCUGCCAAGCGUUACGACAACGUCACCAUCCUCUUCAGCGGCAUCGUGGGAUUCAACGCUUUCUGCAGCAAGCACGCUUCGGCUGAGGGAGCUAUCAAAAUUGUCAACCUGCUCAACGACUUGUACACUAGAUUUGAUAUUCUUACUGACACAAAGAGGAACCCAUAUGUCUACAAGGUGGAGACAGUGGGCGAUAAGUACAUGACAGUUAGUGGGCUCCCAGAGCCCUGCACCCACCAUGCCCAGUCCAUCUGCCACCUGGCCCUGGACAUGAUGGAGAUCGCUGGCCAGGUGAAGGUGGAUGAAGAACCUGUACAGAUAACCAUAGGGAUCCACACAGGGGAGGUGGUCACAGGGGUCAUUGGCCAGAGGAUGCCCCGCUACUGCCUGUUUGGAAACACUGUUAACCUGACGAGUCGCACUGAGACCACUGGAGAUAGGGGCAAGAUCAAUGUAUCUGAGUACACUUACAGGUGUUUGCAGUCAGCUGAAAAUGCAGAUCCCCAGUUCCAUCUGGAGUAUAGAGGGCCAAUCGCUAUGAAGGGUAAAAAGGAACCAAUGAAAGUAUGGUUCCUGUCACGGAAGACACCGGAAACAAACGUCUAGUGUCCUACAGCACCAGUCACUCCCCUUUUCAAAUGUUUGAGUUUCGUCCCUAAUUGCGCAGCCACCUCAUAUUUACCUUGCACACAAUCCAGUGAAACGAAUCAUUAAUUACAUGUUAUUAACAUAAGUCAUAUAGUGUGCAUUUUCAUGUAUGGUUUUUGUAUGAAUCCUGUUGUAUGUUGUAUUGGUUUUUUCCCCGCUUAAACAUUCACUAUAGGAGGCAGUUGGCUUAAGACACCAAAACAGAUCUUAAAAUAACAUGAUUUGUAUUUGCUCUUGGUUGACAACUCAAUAUUCUAGAGUUCACAAACUGUGAUUAUUUAUAUUAUUAUUCCUUAAGCCUUUGGAUGCCUCCUUUUAAAGUUAUCGAUUUAGACUGCUAGACAAUGGAGGCUCUCAGGCAAGGUAAGGUAACACAGUAUUGUUGGUGAUUAAAAAGAUCCAAUGUUAUUCAGCUGACAUUCACAUUUAUAUAUGUAUAAAUAUUAUCAUAAGCUUCAAAAAGUAAGAUAAGCCUUUUAAAAUGUGCUUUUGAACACAGGGCUGUAUUUAAGCAAAGCAGAACUUAUUUAUUUUUUGUAUGUAUGUACACUUUCCAAAAUGUGGACCAUAAUUGCUGUCGUAAUUUAUAGUAUUAUAUAUAUAUGAUAAUAUACGUAAUCUCACUUUGAGUUCAUAUUUAAGUAGCUCUAUUCCUAAAACAGAAAUUUGCAAUUAUCCUUUGUUUGAUUCUAAUUAUUAUAACCGUAUUCUGACAGAAGACCAAUCAUAUGAGUUUGUGCCAUCGUCAAUAGCUUGCAUACCGGUAUAUAUUUAAGUAGUAUUUUAGGUUUUAUGGUUUUAUUAAAUUUAGUUUUUAAUCUGUUUUCACGUCCUCUUUUGUUUGAAGCUCUGACCUGUAUUAUGUCAAGUUACCUUUGUGACCAGAUGAUCUUGAUGCAAGAGAGUAGGUGCAGAUCAUGUAUCUUCAACAGAGAAAUAUAGGCUCUAUUUUUCUCACACAUUUGUACCACUUCAAAGAUCACAAUUGGCAACAGCUAUCUAAGUUAUUCUUAAGUUAUUUAUGAACCAAAUGAGACUGUGGUUGUGAUUUUUCUGAAAUGUGCUCCUAUACUGUGUUGUGUUCCUGAUGGGGAAAUGUGCCAAGUGCCUCACAAAGUAUUACCUUCAGGUUCCUCUUCCUUUUUAAUGAAGUGUCUGAAAGAAUAUAGGCCUAUUUAGAUUUGAUCUGAUCUUUAGUAACAUUGCCAGGUAUGCUUUGACGUUAUUUUUAGGAGGUGCUAUAUUUUGCUUUUCACUUGCAUUUCAGAAUUGGCAAGGCAUCUUCUGAGGUAUGAGAAGUUAUGCAAGGUAUCCAUUCCCGUGUUAUGUUAGUGUGAAACAUGAAAACUAAUAAAGCAAUCGAUGGCGCUUCUUA